GUGUGAGCCGCAGCCAUGGCCGCGGAGUCGCCGCGCCGCCCCAGCCGCUGCACGGGAGGAGUGCUGGUUCGCCCUCAAGCUGCCACGGAACAGUCCUACAUGGAAAGUGUUGUUACCUUCCUCCAGGAUGUUGUGCCACAGGCCUACAGUGGAACCCCACCAGAAGAGAAAGAGAAAAUUGUCUGGGUCAGAUUUGAAAAUGCAGAUUUAAAUGAUACGUCCAGGAAUAUGGAAUUCCAUGAAAUCCACAGCACUGGGAAUGAGCCCCCGCUGCUGCUGCUGAUCGGCUACAGCGACGGGAUGCAAGUGUGGAGCAUUCCUAUCAGCGGGGAGGCUCAGGAGCUGUUCUCGGUGCGCCACGGGCCGGUGCGAGCCGCUCGGAUCCUGCCAGCUCCCCAGAUCAGUGCUCAGAAAUGUGAUAAUUUUGCUGAGAAGAGGCCUCUGCUUGGUGUGUGCAAAAGCAUUGGGUCUUCUGGCACCAGCCCACCCUACUGCUGUGUGGAUCUGUAUUCCCUGAGGACAGGAGAGAUGGUCAAAUCCAUCCAGUUCAAAACUCCUAUUUAUGACCUGCAUUGCAAUAAAAGGAUCCUCGUUGUGGUCCUGCAGGAGAAAAUCGCCGCCUUCGACAGCUGCACUUUCACCAAAAAAUUCUUCGUCACCAGCUGCUAUCCUUGUCCAGGGCCAAACAUGAAUCCUAUUGCUCUUGGAAGCCGUUGGCUUGCUUAUGCAGAAAAUAAGCUGAUCCGAUGCCAUCAGUCCCGUGGUGGAGCCUGUGGAGACAACAUUCAGUCUUACACUGCCACAGUCAUUAGUGCUGCCAAAACAAUCAAGACUGGGCUGACAAUGGUGGGGAAGGUGGUGACCCAGCUGACGGGGACGCUGCCGUCGGGAGCCAGCGAGGAGGAAAUCCUGGCUCACAGCAACCUCCGCAGGAGUCCCCUGGUGCCUGGCAUUGUCACCAUCAUCGACACCGAGACCGUGGCAGAGGGACAGGUGCUGGUGAGUGAGGACUCGGACAGCGAUGGCAUCGUGGCCCAUUUCCCUGCUCAUGAGAAGCCCAUUUGCUGCAUGGCCUUCAACCCCAGUGGGAUGUUGCUGGUCACCACUGACACAUUAGGCCAUGAUUUCCAUGUUUUCCAAAUCCUGACACAUCCUUGGUCAUCAUCACAAAGUGCCGUCCAUCACUUGUACACACUUCACAGGGGAGAGACCGAAGCCAAAGUACAGGAUAUCUCCUUCAGCCACGACUGCCGCUGGGUGGUGGUCAGCACACUCCGAGGCACUUCCCACGUCUUCCCCAUCAACCCCUACGGGGGCCAGCCCUGUGUGAGGACUCACAUGUCCCCACGGGUGGUCAAUCGCAUGAGCCGCUUCCAGAAGAGCGCGGGGCUGGAGGAGAUUGAGCAGGAGCUGACGUCGAAGCAGGGCGGGCGCUGCAGCCCCGUGCCCGGCCUGUCCAGCAGCCCCUCUGGCUCCCCUCUCCACGGUAAAUUGAACAGCCAAGACACUUACAACAACUUCACAAACAACAAUCCUGGGAAUCCUCGACUCCUGCCUCUCCCAAGUCUGACUGUGGUGCUGCCUCUUGCUCAGAUCAAGCAGCCAAUGACACUGGGGACCAUCACCAAACGCACAGGACCUUACCUGUUUGGAGCAGGAUGUUUUUCCAUAAAAGCUCCUUGCAAAUCCAAACCAGCUCCACAGAUUUCACCCAGUAAGUCUGUGGGAGGGGAGUUUUGUGUUGCUGCAGUCUUUGGAGCUUCAAGGUCAUGGUUUGCAAACAAUUCUGGCCUCAAACGAGAAAAAGAGCAGUCCAAGCAGUUUGUGGUGGAGUCCCUGUACAUCAUCAGCUGCUACGGGAGCCUGGUGGAGCACGUGCUGGAGCCGCGGCCGCUCAGCACCGCGCCCAAGAUCAGCGACGACACCCCCCUGGAGAUGGGCACCUGCCCCAGGGCCAGCUGGCCUUUGGUUAGAACUCCUCAGUGGAAUGAGCUCCAACCACCAUUUAAUGCAAACCAUCCACUGCUCCUGGCUGCAGAUGCUGUGCAGUACUACCAGUAUCUUCUGGCUGGCUUGGUGCCUCCUGGGAGCCCUGGGCCCAUCACCCGGCACGAGUCCUACGACAGCCUGGCCUCUGACCACAGCGGGCAGGAGGAUGAGGAGUGGCUGUCACAGGUGGAAAUUGUGACUCACACUGGGCCUCAUCGACGCCUGUGGAUGGGCCCCCAGUUCCAGUUCAAAACCAUCCACCCCUCUGGCCAAACCACCGUCAUCUCCUCCAGCUCCUCCGUGCUGCAGUCGCACGGGCCCAGCGACACCCCGCAGCCUCUGCUGGACUUUGACACAGAUGAUCUCGAUCUCAACAGCCUCAGGAUCCAGCCGGUGCGCUCGGAGCCCGUCAGCAUGCCGGGGUCCCCGCGGCCCGCGGCCGACCGCCGCGGCGUCUCCACGGUCAUCGAUGCUACUUCAGCUGAUGUUCUUUAUGGAAAAAAGACAUUUUUAGGUUCCAAGGAUUUUGAAGUAGCUCAUAAAUUUUUGCUGCCUGAGCUGACCCAGGAAGUGAUUGCUCAGCUGUGCCCCUGCACUGGAGCCUGUUGCACUUUAUGAAGAUGCUUAUCUGGAGCUCUGAUUGCCUGUUGCUUGGAGAUGCAACCCGAGUGGCGCCUCUGCUUAUCUGACUCAUCACUUCUCCUUCCUAUCCAAAGACUCCAAGUACAUGUUUAUCAUCUCCAUUAUCCUUCUGCCAUUCCCAAUAGCUUCCUUCCUUCUCCCCCGUUGGUGACAAUUCUGUUGUUGCAUUUAUUUGUGUGCCUUGUUUUUUUAAGCAUGGCUUUUUCCUCAUGUGUCUGUAAAACUGUGGUGUGCUAAGGACAGUCUCAUAAGAUCACUUGGAAAAGUCUUCAUUUAAAAAGUGCAAAAUUCUAAUGCUGUUAUCAAUGAUGAAAAUUUACAGUGGCAUUCUCAAGGUGGAUGGCUGAAUCUGUAAAGGUUACUUGGAUAUGUUUUAAAAAUGUGUAUUACAGUGGUUCUGUCAACCAUAUUAUAUGGUAUAUUAUAUGGUUCUCCCAACUCAAAAUUCUCCUAAGACACUCUUCUCUGCUUUAUUUUUUUCAAGAAAAGUUUGCAAGAAUUCAGUCACCUAAAGCUACUGGACACUUGUCCUUCAGUGCACAUAUUUGAGUCAUAUGCAUCAGAGAGAGAAUAUACCCUCAAGGAUUAAAUGCACUGUAAUUCCAGAUGCUGUUCCAGAUUGGCAGCUGGAAAUGUUAGAGGGGGACAGCAGUGAGUUUAAAUCUUUGUAAAGCAGGAAGCCUUUGGUGAUAAUGCAGCAGCAGAGCCACUGCACAGGUAGGAGCUGCUCACUGUGUGCAGCAGCAGAGGUGUCUGUCCCUCCUCCCCAAAGCUGUGCUCAGGCUCUGGGCUUGGCUUGACACAGGUGGGUUAAGCCUUAGCAAGUCCAGUUCUAUUUAUGAGCCCAGAAAUGAAAGAGAAACCUUCAAGAGUCCUCCUGUGUGCAGGUGAUGGUCACACUCUUUACACACCCACACCGACCAGGCACCUGUGAAUUUUCAUUCUCUGACCUGUGGAGGAAUGACAUCAUCAUAUGUGUUACAUAUCUGAAAAAACAAACCUGGUGGGGCUCUCUGAGUAAUGAAUGAUGCAGAAAUCAGGGGUAUGGGCAGGUUAGGGUAUCUGUACAGUCAACUCUGAGCUUCCAGAGCUGGAAAGCUCCAGGGAGAGGAUUUUGCAGCAGUUGCUGGUCAGUGGGUUUGCCCACACGGCUGCACUGAGUGUUCCCUUCAGCUGCACCCCAGGUGUGGGCUCAGGUCCUCAGGUGUGCUCAGUGACUCAGUGCUGCUCAUUUAAGAGAAGUGGCUGCGUCUGUGUGUCUGCAUGGAAAGCCUUGUUUGUUCCCUCACACAAAGCUUUUGGACUCUUACCCAUCAGCCAAGUAAUGAUUUGGUUGCAUUGCUAGUGGAGGAUGAGAACAUUGACAGAGGAAUUGUCUGAUCUCUUUUUUUUGCAUCAACCUCUUCCUUUCCUGCUGGGAGGAGAUCACAGAAUAGAAUCAUAAAUCUAUUUCUUUCUUGCCUAGAAUAAGUACAGAAAUUGAGUGGGAAGGAUUUCAGUGAGUGGCAUUAUUUAAUGAAUAAAAUUAAUUUGUAGAAGAAAAA